AUGGGGAUGGGAUGGGGAUGGGGAUGGGAUGGGGAUGGGGAUGGGGAUGGGGAUGGGGAUGGGGAUGGGAUGGGGGAUGGGGAUGGGGAUGGGGAUGGGGAUGGGGAUGGGGAUGGGGAUGGGGAUGGGGAUGGGGAUGGGGAUGGGGAUGGGGAUGGGGAUGGGGAUGGGGAUGGGGAUGGGGAUGGGGAUGGGGAUGGGGAUGGGGAUGGGGAUGGGGAUGGGGAUGGGGAUGGGGAUGGGGAUGGGGAUGGGGAUGGGGAUGGGGAUGGGGAUGGGGAUGGGGAUGGGGAUGGGGAUGGGGAUGGGGAUGGGGAUGGGGAUGGGGAUGGGGAUGGGGAUGGGGAUGGGGAUGGGGAUGGGGAUGGGGAUGGGGAUGGGGAUGGGGAUGGGGAUGGGGAUGGGGAUGGGGAUGGGGAUGGGGAUGGGGAUGGGGAUGGGGAUGGGGAUGGGGAUGGGGAUGGGGAUGGGGAUGGGGAUGGGGAUGGGGAUGGGGAUGGGGAUGGGGAUGGGGAUGGGGAUGGGGAUGGGGAUGGGGAUGGGGAUGGGGAUGGGGAUGGGGAUGGGGAUGGGGAUGGGGAUGGGGAUGGGGAUGGGGAUGGGGAUGGGGAUGGGGAUGGGGAUGGGGAUGGGGAUGGGGAUGGGGAUGGGGAUGGGGAUGGGGAUGGGGAUGGGGAUGGGGAUGGGGAUGGGGAUGGGGAUGGGGAUGGGGAUGGGGAUGGGGAUGGGGAUGGGGAUGGGGAUGGGGAUGGGGAUGGGGAUGGGGAUGGGGAUGGGGAUGGGGAUGGGGAUGGGGAUGGGGAUGGGGAUGGGGAUGGGGAUGGGGAGCAUGGGAGGUGGCGUGGUGGUGGUUGGGUGGCGUCGCUGCUGAAGCAGCUGGCGGUGGCGAAUGAGAGCAUGGGGGGCGGCGUGGUGGUGGUGAUGGCGGAGCGAGACAAGGAGGAGAUGGAGAGCGAGAUCGCCAAGAUGGAAUUCGCCUUCAAAGGCACCUCCGUCAUCUGCAGGUCUGGCUCCCCCCUGGUCCUAGCAGACCUGAAGAAGGUGUCAGUGAGCACGGCACGCUCCCUCAUCGUGCUGGCAGAGGCGGAGAACGCGGAUGCUGCAGAUGCGCGCGCGCUGAGGGUGGUGCUGUCGCUGACGGGCGUGCGCGAGGGGCUGAGAGGGCACAUUGUGGUGGAGCUCAGUGACCUGGAUAACGAGGCACUUGUGAAGAUGGUGGGAGGGCAGCAGGUGGAGACAGUGGUGGCACACGACGUGAUAGGACGGCUGAUGAUUCAGUGCGCGCGGCAGCCAGGCCUGGCGCAGAUAUGGGAGGCGCUGCUGGGGUUCGACAACUGCGAGUUCUACGUCAAGCACUGGCCGCAGCUGGCGGGGAAGCCCUUCAGUGACGUGCUGAUUUCGUUCCCGGAUGCUGUGCCGUGUGGUGUGCGGAUUGCCGGGGAUGGAGGGAGGAUCUGGCUCAACCCGGACGAUGAUUAUGUGCUGCAGCCCGACGAUGCAGUGAUGGUGGUGGCGGAGGAUGACGACUCGUACACGCCCGGUCCGCUGCCCCACGUGCGCCACGCCAUGCUGCCUGACGUCGUCGUGCCGCCCAAGCUGCCCGAAAAGAUUCUAUUCUGCGGAUGGCGGCGCGACAUUGACGACAUGAUUGUGGUGCUGGAAGCCUUUCUAGCGCGUGGCUCAGAGCUGUGGAUAUUGUGUGAGGUGCUGGUGGAGGAGCGGGAGGAGCGGCUGAUGGAGGGAGGGCUCAACCCGGGCGACCUGGAGAACGUGGCUCUCGUGCACCGCGUCGGCAACGCCGUGAUCCGCCGCCACCUUGAAAGCCUUCCUCUUGAGACCUUUGAUUCGAUCCUCAUUCUAGCGGACGAGGGCGUGGAGGAUUCGGUGAUCAACUCCGACUCGCGCUCGCUCGCCACGCUGCUGCUCAUCCGCGACAUCCAGGUGAGUGCUGCACGGGGGAGCGUCCACAUGAAUAACGUGCAUUCUCCCCCUGCCCCCGCGCACAUGCGCCCCCUCCUCCCGCGCUCCUCCCGCGCUCCUCCUCCUCCCGCGCUCCUCCCGCGCUCCUCCCGCGCUCCUCCCGCGCUCCUCCCGCGCUCCUCCCGCGCUCCUCCCGCGCUCCUCCCGCGCUCCUCCCGCGCUCCUCCCGCGCUCCUCCCGCGCUCCUCCGCGCUCCUCCGCGCUCCUCCCGCGCUCCUCCCGCGCUCCUCCCGCGCUCCUCCCGCGCUCCUCCCGCGCUCCUCCCGCGCUCCUCCCGCGCUCCUCCCGCGCUCCUCCCGCGCUCCUCCCGCGCUCCUCCCGCGCUCCUCCCGCGCUCCUCCCGCGCUCCUCCCGCGCUCCUCCCGCGCUCCUCCCGCGCUCCUCCCGCGCUCCUCCCGCGCUCCGCCCGCGCUCCUCCCGCGCUCCUCCCGCGCUCCUCCCGCGCUCCUCCCGCGCUCCUCCCGCGCUCCUCCCGCGCUCCUCCCGCGCUCCUCCCGCGCUCCUCCCGCGCUCCUCCCGCGCUCCUCCCGCGCUCCUCCCGCGCUCCUCCCGCGCUCCUCCCGCGCUCCUCCCGCGCUCCUCCCGCGCUCCUCCCGCGCUCCUCCCGCGCUCCUCCCGCGCUCCUCCCGCGCUCCUCCCGCGCUCCUCCCGCGCUCCUCCCGCGCUCCUCCCGCGCUCCUCCCGCGCUCCUCCCGCGCUCCUCCCGCGCUCCUCCCGCGCUCCUCCCGCGCUCCUCCCGCGCUCCUCCCGCGCUCCUCCCGCGCUCCUCCCGCGCUCCUCCCGCGCUCCUCCCGCGCUCCUCCCGCGCUCCUCCCGCGCUCCUCCCGCGCUCCUCCCGCGCUCCUCCCGCGCUCCUCCCGCGCUCCUCCCGCGCUCCUCCCGCGCUCCUCCCGCGCUCCUCCCGCGCUCCUCCCGCGCUCCUCCCGCGCUCCUCCCGCGCUCCUCCCGCGCUCCUCCCGCGCUCCUCCCGCGCUCCUCCCGCGCUCCUCCCGCGCUCCUCCCGCGCUCCUCCCGCGCUCCUCCCGCGCUCCUCCCGCGCUCCUCCCGCGCUCCUCCCGCGCUCCUCCCGCGCUCCUCCCGCGCUCCUCCCGCGCUCCUCCCGCGCUCCUCCCGCGCUCCUCCCGCGCUCCUCCCGCGCUCCUCCCGCGCUCCUCCCGCGCUCCUCCCGCGCUCCUCCCGCGCUCCUCCCGCGCUCCUCCCGCGCUCCUCCCGCGCUCCUCCCGCGCUCCUCCCGCGCUCCUCCCGCGCUCCUCCCGCGCUCCUCCCCGCUGCUCCUCCAGUCCAAGCGCAUGCACUCCGAGUCCAAGCGCAUGCCCUACGUUCUCUGGCGCCCCUGCCCGUGGGCCCCCCCGCAACGCACACAUCGUGCCAGGGGCUGCCGCCGCCGCCGCUGCUGCUUUCGCUUCCGGCGGCCUUGGAGCCGCAGCAGCAGCAGCAUCAGGGGCCGGGGCAGGGACAGGGGCGGAUGGUGCUAGUGGUCCCAGUGGCGCUGGUGGAAUGGGGAACGGGAACGGGAACGGGGGAUCGUGGAUCAGGCAGAUGCAGAAGGCGUCGCAGCAGUCGAUUGUGAUCUCUGAGAUUCUCGACUCGCGGACAAGAUCCCUCGUGGCGGUGUCUAAGAUCAGCGACUAUGUGCUCUCCAACGAGCUUGUGUCCAUGGCCCUGGCAAUGGUGUCAGAGGAUCGGGAGAUCAACCGCGUGCUGGAAGAGCUCUUCUCAGAAGAGGGCAAUGAGAUGUACAUUCGCCCGGCCGAGCUCUAUUUAUACGAGGGGGAGGAGCUGAGCUUCUUCGAGGUGAUGGUGCGCGCGCGGCAGCGCCUGGAGAUUGUGAUUGGCUACCGCCUGGGCGGCGAGGAGGUGGCGGUGCUCAACCCGCCCAACAAGAGCGCCGCCCGGCAGUGGUCGCUCAGCGAUGCCUUCAUCGUGCUCUCUUUGGAGGAAUGA